AUGGCCCCCUCGAGCGCGGUCGUUCUCGCUGCUCUUAAAAGGGCCCGCGAGGAGAAGUUGAAGGAGCUCAACACCGUUAUCUCCGUCACCGAGAAACUCCUGCGAGUCGUCGAGGACGUCGAGCGAAAACUUGAACAGAAGGCCACCCCAGCCGGUAUUAUCACCCUCUUAGUCGAGAGGCUCAACUUCCCAAGGCGCGACAUAGUCAAGGUUUACCCUGUGAAUUCCGGCUUUGCGAUCGAGGUAUCCCACCCUGAGCUCCGUGAACCGUUUGCCGCUAAAGCCAGGGAGCUCAACUGUCGCAUCGAUUUGGAGAUGCCGACCUACGCUUAUCUUGUGAAGAACGUCCCGGAGUACAUCUUAGCACAUGACGGUAGCCGCAGGCACACCUACCCUUUGAUCGCUGACGAGGUCGAGGCUGUCACUAAGAAGAAACUCAGCAUACACGCAGUGAGGGACACACCAAGAGCAUACCUUGUGGUCCUCACCAAGAAAGUCACACCGUUCAUGAUCUUCGACUCUGACCCAUUUAUUCUCCUGAAACGCAAAGUAAGGAUCCAUACUUGUGGAAGCUAUUUCGGCUUCCAUCAUAAAGACAAGCGCCGCUCGAGCGCCCGUUGCGGGGAGUGCGGCGGCCCCCUCCACAACCACACUCAACACCUCGCGCUCCCCCAAUGCCCUAAUUGCCUCAGCCCGCCAGACCCGGGCACCAAGACUGCCCCGAUAAGCCGAGGAUCUGGCAAGGCAGGGUGA